CUAAGAGCUACAGUAAGUACCAGUAUAGGCUGUCAUCACUGGUAUUCUCUGCCCCUCCAGAGCAUAUCACCUGUAAGAGUGUAGGGUGUAUUACAUAGUCACAGCUCAGUAUCAGCAGGUGCACACACAAAGGACAGCCUCACAUCUCCAUUUCCUUACAGCUUCAUCUCGGACUGUCUGUGAGCUUCCCCAGAGCUGCAACCAACGGCACUACAAGAAAUGGCAUCGGGUGUCCAGGUAGAUAACUCUGUCAUCCUCUUGUUCCAAGAAAUGAAGCUCAAGAAGUCUGGGAAGAAAGCAGUUUUCUUUGGUUUCAGCAGAGAUGAGAAAUACAUCAUUGUGGAGGAGGGCAAAGAAAUUUUGUCUGACGACUGUGCUAACUUUUUUCCCCGUUUGAAAACACUGUUUCCUGAUAACAAAUGUUGUUAUGCCUUGCUGGAUAUUCAUUACAUUACAGGCGAAUCAAAGAAGCAAGACCUGAUAUUUGUUAUGUGGGCCCCUGAGGAUGCACCGAUCAAAGAAAAAUUACUAUUUGCAAGCUCAAAACCAUAUUUAAAACAAGCUUUCUCUGGAGUCAACAAACAGUGGGAGCUUCACAGCCAAGAUGACCUUACUGUUGACCAACUGGCGCAGAAACUUACAAAUGGCAAAAUUAAAUCUUUGGAGGGUCACCUUUUAUAGAUGCUCAGUGCCAGUAACAGCCUGCAAGUUACGCAGAGCUGCUUAAAGUGGAACUAAACCCUCUGCAAAUAAAUGUUAAUAUGCUAUAA